AUGGUUUAUUGGUCGAGUUUAACUUUGAGUGCUUUGGCUCUAUCUUGUGCUCAAGCAGUCUUUGGGCAACAAGUCCCCCUUCAAGUCCAAAAGGUGCAAUUGCAUAAAGACGCACUCGAUCGAGCACACCGACUUCUUCGCCAUAACCCCCUUAUUGAUACACACAACGAUCUUCCCAUGAAUUUAGCUUUUGAAUACAAGGGCAAGAUAAACAACCUUAAUUUAACGCAUCUUGAUUGGGGACACACUGAUAUUGAGCGUAUUCGUCAAGGCCACUUAUCAGGUCAAUUCUGGAGUGUCUAUUAUGACUGUGAACUCACUGAAACCAAUCAAGUCUUGAAAGCUAUGGAAUCAAUCGAUGCUAUCAAGCGUAUGGUGAAUCUAUACCCCAACACGUUUGAACUUGCAACCAGUACAAAAGAGUUUUACAAGGCUUUGCGUCAUGGGCGUGUUGCUUCUGCUAUGGGCAUGGAAGGAGGUCAAAUGAUUGACAGUUCUAUGGUAGCACUUCGUCAAUUCUAUGAACUUGGGAUUCGCUACAUGACUUUGACUCAUAACUGCCAUACUCCUUGGGCUGAAUCCUGUUGUGAUCCCAAUCCUCCAACUUUUGAUAAAGGCCUUGGUUUGACAGAAUUUGGCAAGAAGAUCAUUUUGGAAAUGAACCGUCUUGGAAUGAUGGUUGAUAUCUCUCAUGUUGCUCAUGCAACAAUGCACGCUGCGCUCAACACAACCCGUGCUCCUGUCUUGUUUUCUCACUCCUCAAGCCAUGCUCUUUGUGGCAUUGAAAGAAAUGUGCCUGAUGCUGUCCUUGAACGCCUGGAUGAAACAGACGGUGUUGUAAUGGUCAACUUUUACAACAGUUUUGUCCAAUGUGAUCUUUCCAAAGAAGCGACUUUAAAAGAUGUUGCAGACCAUGUUGAACAUAUCGCUUCUGUUGCUGGUCGUCACCGUGUAGGCAUUGGUGCUGACUAUAAUGGCAUUGAGAGAACACCUACUGGACUUGAGGAUGUUGCUAAAUAUCCAGACUUGUUUGCUGAAUUGAUUCGUCGUGGUUGGUCUGAUCAUGACUUGAUUGGUUUAGCUGGAAAAAACUUUUUACGUGUCUGGAGAAAAGUUGAAAUUGUGAGUGAAGAGAUUCAAAAGACGCAUGAAUUACCUUGCGAAGACAGAUUGGAAGAUGGAUUGUAA